GCGGACGAUUACAGCCGGGGCAGCGUCUCUGUUGCUUUAGAGGUGAACCCAUCGUUGUGCUUUUGGAAGAAUGGUCGAGCGGAAGUAACGAGUGCUAUAUUGCUCUUGUGUUCAGCUGCCUCGUGUCUGCCACCUGCCUUGCUCACCGUAGCAGAAACGGAAGACCAAGACUGUGUUCGUAUAACUUGGGUGGGAGGCACCGCUUUGUUUUGUUGUUCCUUUUUUUCCUGGGAUCCGAAGUUCGAAGAAUCAACUCGGCGAUGUCGCGACGUUCGCAUAAUCGUCUGGACGAACCGGUGAUGGCGCACUGGGACCAAUAUACCCCUUCUCGGUUCGAACAAAGGAUCAUCCAUCCUUACGCCGUGUCCGGCGGGCUCAGGGUAGAUGCUAGACAGUACGACAGUAGCAUUCCUUCCUCAGGGGCUCUGUCUGUAGCAGACACGAAGGCAUCCAGCAGUGGUCUGAGCUCCACGGCGUUCGAGAAUGUGCCAUCAUUGGGUCGAUCCUUUGGAACAAUGUCGACAAGGACCUCAGGUUCCGACGGCAGUAUAGCGUCCUCGAAGGCCAACUCAUCAGUGUCAGGGUAUGACAUACGUCGACCUCCAGCAGGGGUGUUGCAAUGUUCCUUCGCCUUCUUAGGUUGCCGAGAAGAGUUCACCGAUACCGAAUCCUGGAUGACGCAUUCAACCUCACACUUCCGCUCUCAUCGCCCACCUACCCGCUCACAAUGUCCAUUCUGCAGCUAUCGAUGGACUUCAGACAAUGCUUGGAAUGACAGGCUGGAGCAUGUGGCUGCCUAUCAUAGAAACCAGAGGAUCAGUGCUGGCUAUAGGGCUGACCAUGAUCUGUUCCGACACCUUUUAGAUCGUAAGGUGGUGAGCUUUGGAGAGUAUCAAGAGUUGGAGAGAGCCCAUUGGUGUGACGGAGUGGGUGGUGUAUAUAUGGAGACACAUUCUCCAAGGAGGGAGAGAAGAGAAGGUGCUCCGAGAGGGUGGACCUCUUAUCGUGUUGGCGGUUGAAGUAGUGAUGGGUAUAUGCUGGGUGGUUUCAUAAUGCUGAUAUCCAGCGGUCGUAGGUUGAUCUGUCUUUGCGAGGCUGGAGUGUCAUAUCCAGGAGUUUUGGGAAUGCCUUGUCACCCGACUUAAUGAUGAGUUCAUGAUCUGAUGAUUUUCUUUGUUCUUCCAGCAAGUGGUGGUGUUGAUUUUGCUUUGUCGAGGGGUGU